AUGCGUGAAAUAUUACAUAAUGAAAGAAUAACUUUGCCAGAAAUUGUAGCAGUUGAUAAUCAAUCAGUUGGAAAAUCAUCUGUACUUGAAGCUAUUUCUGGAAUUCAAUUAUCACGUGCACAAAAACAUUUUGGUAAACGCUCAGAAGAUGAAGGCGAAAUCUUACAUUAUAUGAAUGAGAUUAGUAUUGCAGUUACACGUCUUACGAAUCAGAUUGCUGGUGAAGGAACAAAUGCAAGUUCAACACCGAUCUAUUUAACAGUCUACAAACGUAAUAUACCAUAUGAUUUAACACUUAUUGAUUUACCUGAACCACAAACAGCUAUUGUUUUACAUGUAAUUCCAGCUUCUGUAGAUUUUACAACAUCAGAAUCGAUGAAGUUAGCUAAAGAAUUUGAUUCACAAUGUCUUCGACAAUUAAUAGUUGCUUCAAAAAUUGAUAAAUAUGACAAAGGUAUUGCAGAAAAACUAUUAGGAAUAGGACCAGGAGCAAUGGAACUAAAAUUAGGUUGUGUUGCUGUACUUAAUCGAAAUCAAGAUGAAAUUGAUCAAAACAUAUCAUUCGAAGAAAUGAAAAGACGUGAAGCAGAAUUCUUUAUCAAACAUCAUGAGGCCUUUCAACAUUUACCUGAUGAGUUCAAAGGUAUUGAUCAAUUGGUUAAAAAAUUAGCAACAAAUCAACAAGAUCGCAUUCGCUCAAGUCUUCCACAAGUUAUUGACGAAUUAAGAAAACAAAUCCGAGAAAAAAAAAAUGAACUUAAAAAUAUGCCUAUUGCGAUGACAUCGGAACAAGAUUGUUGGAUAAAAUUUCAAUCAAUGAUUAAUACAUUUCGUGAAAGUAUUCGAGCUAAAGUUAAUGAAGAUUAUGAUGUUUUAACAAGAAUAAAUAUGAUUAAUCUUAGUAAUCAAGCAUCAUCAGAGGUAGUUGAUUCUAGAAUACUAUUUAAAAUUGAUGAUACAGCAACAGAUUCUAUUCCUUGUGAUGAUCGUCUUGCUUAUCAUAUCUAUAGAUUUCAAAGAAAAUUUCAAGAUGAGCUUACGAAAAGUUUUUCUAAUUUUUCCUCAAUGGGUUAUUAUAAACUUAUUCUACAAGUCAUUGAUGAUGCAACGGGUGUUUCGUUACCUAAUUUUCCAAGUUAUCGAAUAAUUGAACGACUUUUUCAUCAAGAACUUCAACGUUUACCACAUAUACUUGUUUUACUUUAA